AGGACUAUGGCACCUGCAGCAGCAGCAGCAGCAGCAGCAGCAGCAGCAGUGGGAGAGAAGGGAUCUCCAGUUGUGGUGGGGCUGCUGGUCAUAGGCAACAUCAUUAUUCUGCUAUCAGGCCUGGCCCUGUUUGCCGAGACAGUAUGGGUGACAGCCGACCAGUACCGUGUAUACCCGCUGAUGGGCGUCUCAGGCAAGGAUGACGUCUUCGCUGGCGCUUGGAUUGCCAUCUUCUGCGGCUUCUCCUUCUUCGUGGUGGCCAGCUUCGGUGUGGGAGCAGCGCUCUGCUGCCGCCGGUCCAUGAUCCUCACAUACCUGGUGCUGAUGCUCAUCGUCUACAUCUUCGAGUGCGCCUCUUGCAUCACAUCCUACACGCACCGCGAUUACAUGGUGUCCAACCCAUCCCUGAUCACCAAGCAGAUGCUGACCUUCUACAGUGCCAACACAGACCAGGGCCAGGAGCUGACCCGCCUUUGGGACCGCAUCAUGACUGAGCAAGAGUGCUGCGGUACGUCUGGUCCCAUGGACUGGGUGAACUACACAUCAACCUUCCGGGCAGCCACUCCAGAGGUGGUGUUCCCCUGGCCCCCACUGUGCUGUCGCCGGACAGGAAACUUUAUCCCCCUCAAUGAAGAGGGCUGUCGAGUGGGCCACAUGGACUACCUGUUCAUCAAGGGCUGCUUCGAGCACAUUGGCCAUGCCAUCGACAGCUACACAUGGGGAAUCUCAUGGUUCGGGUUUGCCAUCUUGAUGUGGACGCUGCCUGUGAUGCUGAUAGCUAUGUAUCUCUACACCACGCUCUGAGGGACGAGAGACAGAACCACACGUGCUCUACAGCCUCUGGGCCUCCUGCCUCCUCCCACUGGGCCUGCACCGCUGCUUCACCCCCUCCCUGCCCACCUCCCUCUUGGCCCUUCUGUGUCUAGGUCCCUAGACCCCACCUGGUCUCAGCUCCUCCCUGUCCCUCCCUGGGCUCCUUCUGUGUGUCAGGUGUUACCAGUGUUCCCAACUAGUUUGGGAUUAUCUGUCUAAGCUUUUGCAGACUGGGAUUGCCAUGCGAAUAGGGACACAUUCUGUCACAGUCACUUCUGUCCCCACCAUCGCUCAGUACAUGACUGAGCAAGGACUGGAUGCUCAAUAAAUACAGACGGAUUGAGAACG